CCCCAUCCAUUCAGCUUAGCAUAUUAAACACUGCAACCCCCACAGGAAAUUACUUCAUAAUUACCAUUUUCAAGACUGAUUCAAAUUAGUACUGUUUGCUUGAGCUGUCUUAAAAAUUGGCAUUUUUUGUUUUCAAGCUUUUGGUUGCUUGAGUUGUGCUCGGUUGACAAGUUGUCUAGGCUGUUAGCUUGAGGGGAAUGGAACGCACCCUCCCCGUGAUCCUCCUUUGGUUUGUUUUCGGGUUUUUUAAUUUCUUAAGAGUUUGUGGGAAUGCUGAAGACAGGUGAUGCAUUGACUGCCCUGAAGAACAAAGUAACGGAUCCCAACAGUAUUAUGCAAAGUUGGGAUGAGUCCCUCCCCAAUCCAUGUACGUGGUUUCAUGUUACUUGCAACUCCGACAGUAGAGUUACUCGAAUUGAUCUUGGAAGCGCCAGUUUGUCUGGUGAACUGGUCCCUGAGCUUGGUCAACUUCCAAACUUACAGUAUUUGGAGCUAUACAGUAAUAACAUCACUGGAAAGAUUCCAACUGAGCUUGGAAAAUUAAAGAACUUGAUGAGCUUGGAUCUUUACUCGAACCAGUUACACGGUGAUAUUCCAAACACGUUGGGCCAACUUCAGAACCUUCGUUUCCUUCGUCUCAAUAACAACUCUUUGACAGGAAAUAUUCCAUUAUCCUUAACUGCCAUAACUGUGCUACAAGUUCUUGAUCUAUCAAACAACAAUUUGAGCGGACCUGUCCCUGUUAAUGGAUCAUUUUCGUUGUUCACAAACCUCAGUUACACAAAUAAUCCCAACUUGACAUAUCCUGCGAUUGGUCCACAAACUCCGGCUCCUUUGCCUCCUUCAGCUGGAAGCAGUGACACCACGCCUAUUGCCAUUGGAGUUGCUACGGGUGCCGCCCUCCUUUUCCUGGUCCCCAUAAUUGUAAUUGCUUGGUUGCGGCGCACAAAGGCACAAGAUCAUUUCUUUGAUGUACCAGCUGAGGAGGACCCCGCGGUUCAUUUGGGACAACUAAAGAGGUUUUCUCUGCGUGAAUUACAAGUCGCAACCGACAGUUUUAGUAGCAAGAACGUUCUUGGGAGUGGUGGAUUUGGUAAAGUUUAUAAAGGGCGGUUAGCUGAUGGUGGUCUGGUGGCGGUAAAAAGACUCAAAGAGGAACGAACUCAUGGCGGUGAGUUGCAGUUUCAAACCGAGGUUGAAAUGAUCAGUAUGGCGGUGCAUCGAAAUCUACUCCGGUUGAAAGGAUUUUGCAUGACACCAACUGAACGAUUGCUCGUUUAUCCCUACAUGGUCAAUGGUAGCGUUGCUUCAUGUCUACGAGAACGACGCGCUACACAACCUGUACUUGAUUGGCCGACGAGAGAACGAAUUGCUCUGGGUGCUGCAAGGGGUCUAGCUUAUUUGCAUGAACAGAGUGACCCGAAGAUCAUUCACCGUGAUGUGAAAGCUGCAAAUAUACUGCUGGAUGAUGAGUUUGAAGCGGUUGUGGGAGACUUUGGGUUGGCUAAACUCAUGGAGUAUAAAGAUACUCAUGUUACAACAGCGGUUCGUGGUACGAUUGGACACAUUGCCCCAGAGUAUCUGUCCACUGGCAGAUCUUCUGAAAAAACUGAUGUUUUUGGGUAUGGUGUGAUGCUUUUAGAACUUGUCACGGGCCAACGGGCAUAUGAUCUUGCCCGACUCGAGAAAGAUAAUGAGGUCAUGCUGCUCGAUUGGGUUAAAGGACUUCUGGAGGAUAAGAAGUUGGAGACACUGGUGGAUGCAGAUUUAGAAGGUAAUUAUGUGAAUGAAGGAGUUGAAAAACUGAUACAGAUAGCUCUGUUGUGCACACAAGCCGCACCAUUGGAUCGACCCACAAUGUCAGAAGUUGUGAGAAUGGUUGAAGGCGAAGGUUUAGCCAAUAGAUGGGAGGAAUGGCAGCAAAGAAGGCUUUCCCUCCAAGAAUUUAGCCACACACACAUUCAAUAUCCCUAUCAGUAUCUUCCUAUCUCAGAUUCAUACAUCCCUAGCAACGACCAUUUAUCUGGUCCCAGAGAUUGAACCGCGACCUGGUUAGCCAUUAAUGUGACAAUGUCAAGGUUUUUGUCGGAUUGUUGUCGAUAUGUCCAUAGGUUGUUGAGGUUGAUUUUAACCUGUCGACUUUAGUUUAAUUAUACAAAUAGUUAAUAUGUAGAAUAUCAUUAUUUUGUUGUGCAAAACUUGCAUAUUCAGCUCAAUAAUAAUAUAGAAAAAAAAAAUCAAAUACAAA